AUGGUCCUACGUCAGGAUGGACGGAAAGUAAGUCAUCAAGCAAACUCAAUUAUGGAGUCGAUUCUUUUCCUUUGAUGUGUAAAACGAAUCUACCCGGGUCGAAGAUUCAACCGUACUGAUUAGUCUCCAUCUUCAGGCCAGGGCGGUGCCAUUCCCCUCGAAAAGGGAGCGCAGAAGUACCAAUUCCGUGGCCUUGCAGCUAGACGUCGCUCUCGAAAGCGAGUAUGGAUAAACCUCGUCGCCAGAUAUAUGGUCACUAUCCUAUUCGUUGCCGUCGUCUACAUCCUUCUGAUCGGAUACUCAAAGCCCGACCUCAUUACCAGAUCGGAGAAGCGGUACUUCUACGCGCUCUUUGUCGGGUUCACUCUCGCCCUCGGUAUAGUUACCGUCAGCCAGCUGAACAACGUGGUCAACGAUGUCCGGUGGUGGAUUCUAUCUCGACGAUAUCGGUCAGCUCACAAGGCAAGUACAGCAACAGAGUUAUCUGACUUUGAUGUUAACACAAUAAUAGGUUGAGGCCAUAAUGAAUGCAACCAGCAUGUCAAGUAUUUUCCUUCUCGCUUUCAGAUCCAAGCGGAUCUCGAUUCACAUUUCGGUCUUGAUCUGGCUUCUUCUCAUUGUGGUAUGUCAUCAGUGAAGCAGCAAGAGAAUUAUUAUCUGCUUACACGAAGUAAUACUACAGGGAUCGCAGGUUGCCUACAGUAAGUUCAACGGUUAUCAAACAGACGAAGCAGCGUCUUAUAUAUUCCGGGACCGUUCACUGACGUUUUCUUCUUAGGUGCUGUCGGUUUGACUUUUGGCGUGGAGAAGACCGAGGAUAAAGCCAUGUUGGUCAAGGGGCAAAUCCUGAUCCCCGAUAUGUCCAAGUUGGAAACAGGCCGAAUUAUCAAAUCAUCCGACUCCCUGGGCGCACAGCAGUACACAGCAAACACGUAAGAUAUACAGCCCUCUCACCUACCGCGCGGCAUAUGCCAUGUUCUUCUCACAAGAUUCUAAUCCAUAUAUCUACCAGCUAUGGGACAAUGGCUCUUGCGUAUAGCCAGGGAACACUCGACCAGAUCCCCAGCAAGGGCUAUCUCUGGUUCCAAGACCACCCCAUUGUAUUCUGCGACGACAACUCCCCAUCAUGCACCUACAUCUUCCACGAGAAAAACGCCCAGCUCGCCGCCGACCCAGGGGCCAUCCCCGUCCAGUCCACCACCAACCGCAGCGUGGAAAUCACCAGCCGGUGCAACAGCUACCCCGUCACCCGCGGAGCAAACGGCACCGUGACCAACAUCACAAUCACUGCCGAGUCCAAGGACACCGUCAUCACCCUCCCCACCACGCCCGGAUCAGACCAAUCCACCUUCAUGACAAGGUACGACCAGGAGUGCGGGCCCAACUGCCGGAUCAUGUCCGUGUUUGAGGUCUCUGCCGAUGCCUCCUGGUACUACAGCUGCACCACCUGGCAGGGUCCCGUGAAGAACGCAACUCUCCCGCAGCAUGAGAUCGCUGAGGAUGUGACCUACCUCGCCACCACGGCCAUUGGCCUCCAGGGCUUCGCAAGCUCGUCAUCCGGCAGCACAGAACAGGAGAUGGAUCCCAUGAAGAGCCUGCAAUACAAGGUCUACCCAUCCGCCACCAUGCCCGGCAAGCCAGCUAACGGUUCGACCCGGGCCAUGGAAGGGCUGCUAUCGCGGUUCGCCAUCGGUGUGAUCGCCAUGGCCGCAGAGUCCAACUCGGGCAUCGCCCUGGAAGGCAGAGCGCCGCAGAUCGGGCAGAAGCUGGGCGUGGAGCACUGGAACCUGAUACACAUGACCUUUGCACUCACCGCCGGCCUGCAGUUGAUCCUGGCCAUCGGCGUGACGCUGGUUGCUGAGCGUGUGAUCGUGCCUGAUGGGGGACCGAUAAGUGAGGCUCAGAUCUUCAGGGCGAUGACCAGCGAUCGAGGAGUGCAUGCCGUCGGGUCCGGCUGGAGAUAUAGAUUUGAUCAUGUCGGCACUGACGGCCUCUAUGACUUGUACAUGGAGGAAAAGGGGGCCAAGGGCUCCCAGUCGGACAGUGAGGAGGGCCCGUCGCCAUCUAGAGUCAUGGAGGCCACUCCUUCGGAGCCACCACGAUCAAGAGGCAACGCCAACAUUGGGCACUAG